AUGAGCACAGAUGGGGAAAUGGCAAUCUUUGGGCCGGCUGCCCAGUACCUGCGGAAAUCGGAGAAGGAGAGGAUCGAGGCUCAGUCACGUCCCUUUGAUGGCAAGACGGCAUGCUUUGUCAGUGACGACAGAGAGCUGUAUGCGAAGGCUGAGAUCCAGGGCAAGGCGGAUGGAAAAGUCACGGUCAAGACUCUGGAUGACAGAACUUUAACCGUCAGGGAGGAGCAGGUGUUUCCCAUGAACCCGCCCAAGUUUGAUAAGAUCGAGGACAUGGUGAUGAUGACUCACCUGCACGAGCCCGCCGUGCUCUUCAACCUCAAAGAGCGCUACGCAGCGUGGAUGAUCUACACGUAUUCGGGCCUCUUCUGUGUGACCGUGAACCCCUACAAGUGGCUUCCCGUCUACAACCCCGAGGUGGUCCAGGCCUACCGGGGCAAGAAGAGGAUGGAGGUUCCUCCUCACAUCUUCGCCCUGUCCGAUAACGCCUACCAGUUCAUGCUCACCGAUCGUGAAAAUCAGUCUAUCCUGAUCACCGGAGAAUCCGGCGCAGGCAAGACCGUCAACACCAAGCGUGUCAUUCAGUACUUUGCGACCAUCGCGGUGUCUGGAGACAAGAAGAAGGAGACGAACAGCAAAAUGAAGGGGACCCUGGAGGAUCAAAUCAUUCAAGCCAAUCCUCUGCUGGAGGCCUUUGGGAACGCCAAGACUGUGAGAAACGACAACUCCUCUCGCUUUGGUAAAUUCAUUCGGAUACACUUUGGCACGACCGGUAAACUGGCAUCUGCAGACAUUGAAACAUAUCUGCUGGAGAAAUCAAGGGUGACGUUCCAGCUGGGGGCCGAGAGGAGCUACCACAUCUUUUAUCAGCUCACUUGCAACAAGAAGCCUGAACUUAUUGAUAUGCUUCUCAUCACCACCAACCCCUACGACUUUGCCUACAUCAGCCACGGGGAAAUCAGCGUUAAAAGCAUCAAUGACGCCGAGGAGUUAAUUGCUACGGAUGAAGCCAUUGAUAUUCUGGGCUUCAGCGCUGAUGAGAAAGUGGGCAUCUACAAGCUGACAGGCGCUGUGAUGCAUUAUGGGAAUAUGAAGUUCAAGCAGAAGCAGCGAGAGGAGCAGGCGGAGCCCGACGGCACCGAGGAAGCUGAUAAAGCAGCGUAUCUCAUGGGCCUGAACUCCGCCGACCUGCUCAAAAAUCUCUGUUAUCCCCGGGUAAAGGUCGGGAAUGAGUACGUCACCAAAGGACAAAAUGUUCAGCAGGUGUACAACUCCAUCGGCGCUCUUGCAAAAUCAGUUUAUGAGAAGAUGUUCCUGUGGAUGGUCGUGCGAAUCAACCAGCAGCUCGAUACCAAACAACCCAGACAGCACUUCAUCGGCGUCCUCGACAUCGCCGGCUUUGAGAUCUUUGACUUCAAUACACUGGAGCAGCUCUGCAUCAACUUCACCAACGAGAAACUGCAACAGUUUUUCAACCACCACAUGUUUGUGCUGGAGCAAGAAGAGUACAAGAAGGAAGGGAUCGAGUGGGAGUUCAUUGACUUUGGCAUGGACCUGGCAGCCUGCAUCGAGCUCAUUGAGAAGCCGAUGGGCAUCUUCUCCAUCCUUGAGGAGGAGUGCAUGUUCCCAAAAUCAACAGACACCUCCUUCAAGAACAAACUCUACGACCAGCAUCUUGGCAAGAACAACUGCUUCCUGAAGCCCAAGCCAGUCAAGGGCAAGGCCGAGGCCCACUUCUCCCUGGUGCACUACGCCGGCACCGUCGACUACAACAUCAGCGGCUGGCUGGAAAAAAACAAGGACCCGUUAAACGAAUCCGUGGUGCAGCUCUACCAGAAGUCGUCGGUCAAAUUACUGGCGAUGCUGUACGUGAGCUUCUCUGGAGGAAACGAAGCAGCAGCAGGAGGGAGCAGCGCCAAGAAAGGAGCCAAGAAGAAGGGAGCGUCUUUCCAAACUGUGUCAGCACUCUUCAGGGAGAACCUUGGCAAGCUCAUGACCAAUUUGAGAACCACCCACCCUCACUUUGUGCGGUGCUUAAUACCAAAUGAGACGAAAACACCAGGUGUGAUGGAAAACCAGCUGGUUAUCCACCAGCUUCGCUGUAACGGCGUGCUGGAGGGCAUCAGGAUCUGUAGGAAGGGAUUUCCGAGCAGAAUCAUCUACGGGGACUUCAAGCAGAGGUACAGGAUUCUCAAUGCCAGUGCCGUUCCCGAGGGACAGUUCAUGGAUAACAAGAAAGCCACGGAGAAACUGCUGGGCUCCAUCGACGUCGAUCACACCCAGUACAAGUUUGGACACACCAAGGUGUUUUUUAAAGCUGGUCUCCUGGGAACCUUGGAGGAGAUGAGAGAUGAGCGCUUGGCCCAGGUUGUGACGUCCACUCAGGCUCUCUGUCGCGGCUACAUCGUCCGGCUGGAGUACCAGAAGAUGGUGGCCAGAAAGGAAGCGAUCUAUACAAUCCAAUACAACUUCCGCUCCUUCAUGAACGUGAAACACUGGCCAUGGAUGAAGCUGUACUUUAAACUCAAGCCCCUUCUGAAGAGCGCUGAGGCUGAGAAAGAAAUGGCUCAAAUGAAGGUGGACUUCACGAAGCUCAAGGAAGACCUGGCCAAAUCAGAAAACAGGCGGAAGGAACUUGAGGAGAAGGUGGUUUCCAUUGUACAAGAGAAGAACGAUCUUCUCCUGCAAGUCCAGGCAGAGUCAGACAACCUGCUGGAUGCGGAGGAGAGAUGCGAAGGACUCAUCAAAAGCAAGAUCCAGCUGGAGGCCAAGCUGAAGGAGGUGACAGAGAGACUGGAGGAUGAGGAGGAGGCAAACGCUGAGCUUACCUCCAAGAAGCGAAAGAUGGAGGACGAGUGCUCUGAGCUCAAGAAGGACAUCGACGACCUGGAGCUCACCUUGGCCAAAGUGGAGAAGGAGAAACACGCCGUCGAGAACAAGGUGAAAAAUCUCACUGAGGAAAUCAUGAGCCAGGAUGAGAACAUUGCCAAGCUGACCAAGGAGAAGAAAGCCCUGCAGGAGGCCCAUCAGCAAACACUGGACGACCUGCAGUCAGAGGAGGACAAAAUCAACGUUCUAACCAAAGCCAAAGGCAAAUUAGAGCAACAGGUGGAUGAGCUGGAAGGCUCACUGGAACAAGAGAAGAAGAUCCGCAUGGACCUUGAGAGAGCCAAGAGGAAGCUUGAGGGUGAUCUGAAACUUGCGCAGGAGUCCCUUAUGGACGUGGAAAAUGAGAAGCAGCAGCUGGAUGAAAAGCUGAAAAAGAAAGACUUUGAGUUGUCACAGCUGCAGACUAAGGUUGAAGAUGAACAAGCUCUUGCUGCACAGCUACAGAAGAAAAUAAAAGAGCUCCAGGCUCGCAUUGAGGAGCUGGAGGAGGAAAUUGAGGCUGAGCGCUCUGCCCGGGCCAAAGUGGAGAAGCAGAGGUCUGAUCUCUCCAGGGAGCUGGAGGAGAUCAGCGAGAGGCUCGAGGAGGCCGGAGGAGCCACCGCCGCUCAGGUUGAGAUGAACAAGAAGCGUGAAGCCGAGUUUCAGAAGCUCCGCAGGGACCUGGAGGAGUGCUCGCUGCAACACGACGCAACCUCCGCCGCUCUGCGCAAGAAACACGCCGACAGUGUGGCCGAACUGGGAGAGCAGCUCGAUAACCUCCAGAGGGUCAAGCAGAAACUGGAGAAGGAGAAGAGCGAGUUAAGACUGGAGCUGGAUGACUUGUCAAGCAAUAUGGAAGCCAUGGCCAAAUCAAAGAUUAAUUUGGAGAAAAUGUGCCGUUCGCUUGAGGAUCAUCUGAAUGAGGUCAAAACCAAAGAUGAAGAGCAUCAGAGACUAAUAAACGACCUUUCGAGUCAGAAAGCCCGGCUCCAGACAGAAAAUGGGGAAAUGUCUCGCCAGCUUGAAGAAAAAGAAUCCCUAAUGUCGCAGUUAACUCGGGGAAAGCAAGCCUUCAUCCAGCAGAUCGAAGAGUUGAAAAGACUCAACGAGGAGGAAGUUAAGGCGAAGAACGCCCUGGCUCAUAGUUUACAGUCAGCUCGUCAUGACUGCGACUUGUUGAGAGAGCAGUACGAGGAGGAGCAGGAGGCCAAAGCUGAGCUGCAGCGCUGCAUGUCCAAAGCCAACAGCGAGGUGGCUCAGUGGAGAACCAAGUACGAGACCGAUGCCAUCCAGCGCACCGAGGAGCUCGAGGAGGCCAAGAAGAAGUUGGCGCUGCGUCUUCAGGAGGCAGAAGAAGCCGUGGAGGCCGUGAACUCCAAGUGCUCCUCUCUUGAGAAGACGAAACAGCGGCUGCAAGGGGAGGUGGAGGACCUGAUGAUCGACGUUGAGAGGUCCAAUUCUGCCGCUGCUGCUCUGGACAAGAAGCAGAGAAACUUUGAUAAGGUUGUGGCUGAGUGGAAGCAGAAAUAUGAGGAGGCUCAGGCAGAGCUGGAGACCGCUUUAAAAGAGGUGCGUUCCCUGGGCACAGAGAACUUCAAGAUGAAGAAUGCCUUUGAGGAAUCCCUGGAACAACUGGAGACGCUCAAACGUGAGAACAAGAACCUGCAACAGGAAAUUAUGGAUCUGACUGAACAGCUUGGAGAAACAGGCAAAACCAUCCAUGAACUUGAAAAAUCAAAGAAACAAGCCGAGCAGGAGAAAGGGGAGGCCCAGACGGCUUUGGAGGAGGCCGAGGCCUCCUUGGAGCAUGAGGAAUCCAAGAUCCUGCGUGUCCAACUGGAGCUGAACCAGGUGAAGUCCGAGGUGGACAAGAAGAUAGCCGAGAAGGACGAAGAGAUCGAGCAGCUCAAGAGAAACAGCCAAAGAGUCAUUGACUCCAUGCAAAGUAAUUUGGAUGCUGAGGUCAGGAGCAGAAACGACGCCCUGAGAGUGAAGAAAAAGAUGGAGGGAGACCUGAACGAGAUGGAGAUUCAGCUGAGUCAUGCUAACAGGCAGGCUGCCGAGGCCCAGAAACAGCUGAGGAACAUACAAAUCCAGCUCAAGGAGGUGCAGAUUCACCUCGAUGAGGCCCUGAGAAACAGCGAUGACAUGAAGGAGCAGGUUGCCAUGUCUGAGCGCAGGAGCAACCUGAUGCAGGCUGAGAUCGAGGAGAUCAGAGCUGCUCUGGAGCAAACCGAGAGGAGCCGCAAGACAGCCGAGCAGGAGCUGGUGGACGCCAGCGAGAGAGUGCAGCUGCUUCACUCACAGAAUACCAGCCUGAUUAACAGUCGGAAGAAGCUGGAGGCUGAUCUGGUUCAGGUUCAGGGUGAGAUGGAGGAGAGCAACCAAGAGGCCAGAAAUGCUGAAGAGAAAGCCAAAAAGGCCAUCACCGAUGCCGCCAUGAUGGCUGAGGAGCUGAAGAAGGAGCAGGACACCAGCGCCCACCUGGAGAGGAUGAAGAAGAACCUGGAGGCCACGGUGAAGGACCUGCAGCAGCGACUCGACGAGGCUGAGAACCUGGCCAUGAAGGGUGGGAAGAAACAACUGCAGAAACUGGAAGCACGGGUGCGAGAGCUGGAGAAUGAGCUUGAAGCGGAGCAAAGGCAUGGAUCAGAUGCGGUGAAAGGGGUUCGCAAAUUUGAGCGCAGGAUCAAGGAGCUCACCUAUCAGUCCGAGGAAGAUAAGAAAAACAUCAUGAGGCUGCAAGACCUGGUGGACAAACUCCAGCUGAAGGUCAAAGUGUACAAGAGGCAGGCUGAGGAGGCGGAGGAGCAAGCAAACACCCAUCUGAGCAAAGUGAGGAAGCUGCAGCACGAGCUGGAGGAGGCAGAGGAGCGCGCUGACAUCGCCGAGUCCCAGGUCAACAAGAUGAGGGUCAAGAGCCGGGACAUGUGCAAGGGGAAAGACAGUGGAGAAUAGACUCGUCUGACUGCUAUGAAGACGACAAAGUGUGCUGUGUUUGAACACCAACUAGUAUGCAACAUACUCUUAACCUACUCUUAUAACUGCUUGUAUG